AUGGCGGCGCUGAGCAAGUCCAUCCCCCACAGCUGCUAUGAGAUCGGGCACACCUGGCACCCCAGUUGCUCCAUGGCUAUCCUACACAUCACGCAGGGAGCGCUGUCCGAGUCCUUCCGCAUCUACGGCACCCUCUACCUGAUUGCAGCUAUUCUCAGGAAACGAAAACUUGACUAUUAUUUGUACAAAAUGCUACCUGAGAUCUUGCAAUCAACUUCCUUUCUGACAGCAAAUGGGACCUUGUAUAUUGCUUGCUUUUGCCUUCUAAGGAAGAUACUUGGAAAAUUCUACUUUUGGUCCCCUGGCUUUGGUGCUGCAUUACCUGCCUCUUACAUGGCUAUUCUCAUUGAAAGGAAAAGCAGGAGAGGUCUCCUCACAAUUUACAUGGCCAAUCAAGCCACAGAAACAUUGUUCCGAAUGGCAGUAGCAAGAGGAAUUAUUACGCCUUUAAGAAAUGGAGAAGUCCUUUUGUUCUGCAUCACAGCUUCACUGUUCAUGUUCUUUUUCAGGUGCAAAGAUGGCUUGAAAGGAUUUAUAUACUCUGCACUGAAGUUCAUUGUUGGCAAAGAAGAAAUCCCUACUCAUUCAUUUUCACCUGAAGUAGUGUUUUCAAAAAUAGACAGCAAGAUAAAGCAUUGUGAAAAAGUAUCACAGUCAAUGAACAUACUGACUCUAAUGAAAAAGCUUAUGGACAAAGUGUGCAAACAUGGCCCAAGGCAUAGAUGCUGUAAACACUAUGAAGAUAAUUGCAUCUCAUAUUGUAUUAAAGGCUUCAUUAGGAUGUUUAGCAUCGGUUACCUGAUCCAGUGUUGCCUUCGGAUUCCAUCCGCCUUCCGGCAUCUGUUCACAAAACCAUCCCGGAUACUUCCCCUCUUCUACAACAAGGAAAAUUUCCAGCUUGGAGCUUUUCUGGGAUCUUUCGUCAGUAUAUACAAAGGUACAAGUUGCUUCCUGCGUUGGGUACGAAACCUAGAUGAUGAGCUUCAUGCACUAGUAGCUGGGUGUCUAGCAGGAAUUUCUAUGAUGUUUUACAAAAGUACUAAUAUCUCUAUGUAUCUGGCAUCCAAGUUAGUAGAGACUAUGUAUUUCAAAGGCAUUGAAGCAGGGAAGGUUCCCUAUUUUCCUCAUGCAGACAGCAUCAUCUAUGCCAUUUCUACAGCAAUAUGCUUUCAGGCGGCUGUCAUGGAAGUUCAGAACUUGAGACCAUCAUACUGGAAAUUUCUUUUACGACUAACGAAGGGCAGGUUUGCUCUCAUGAACAGGAAAGUUUUAGAUGUAUUUGGUACUGAAGCAUCUAAGACCUUCAAGGAUUUCACACCUAAGCUUGACCCAAGAUACACUGUUGUACCACCAGAUCUACCAGUGGAGCUGUCUUGA